AUGAAUCUUGCGCAUGUAAGCCGUACUCAGAUAAAAAAGGAGGGUAAUAUGGAGGGACGGGUGGGUGGUAAGGACGUGAGAAGGGAGGACGACAACUGGAAGUUGGUGAACAUAGGGGGACGAAGAAACGUGAAUUUGGGAGAAGGUGUAUCGUUCCAUAAAACAGACGCUGGAGGGGGGUCGGGAGCUGAAACAGGAACCAGGUUGAGGGCGAGCUGGAGGCUAAACAGAUGGAGGCUCAUUGAACUCAACUAA